AUGAAGUUAUUUCAAGCUUACUAUAUACUUAUCUUCCUUACAUUAAGAGUUGCAUCCCAAGAACAUGCCUAUUAUGCUAAGAAAGGGUGUCGUUAUAGGUGUGGGAAUGUUAGGAUUCCAUACCCUUUUGGAAUCGGGCAAAAAUGUGCUAUCAACGAAUGGUACGUCGUGGAUUGCAACUCCUCGACGCCAUAUCUACCUGCCGUCAAAAACUAUGAAAUUAUAGAAAUUAGCUUGAAUGAUCAAACAAUUAUAAUUAAUACACCAAAACCAACAUUCUCUGAUUGCCAAAAUCCAGUUACUACGAAUAAUAUCACUACUCAGACGAAUACCAUUGAUCUUGGUACGAGUCCCUUCUUGCUUUCCCCACCGCACAACAUAUUUGUUUUUGAGGGGUGUGGUAAUGCCGUGCUGAUGGAUCGUUGGAGUACUGUGCUAACCGGGUGUUCCACGAAUUGUCUCCAUGACAUUACGCUUAGCGACAACAGAAGCAAUAGCUGCUUUGGCAUUGGCGGUUGUUGCCAAAACACAAUUCCUUCUCGUUAUCUCAAUUCCUACAAUAUUAGCCUUAUUAUAGAGUCGGAUUUAAAGCAGGGUGGAAAUAGAGGUUGUGGGACUGCCUUUGUGAUGGAAAAAAGGGCAUACAUUAAUCGAAGCCAAUCAUCUAUUUCUAGCGGCUUGGAAUUUGACACUUUUGUUCCCAUAUCGCUUUUGUGGACUCUAUCAGAGAUUGACUACGAUGGAGUCACUUGUUGCCGACACGCCGUUUUUCGGCAGAAUCUCAAAGUCGACCUGGGUAAUGGAACUUCAAUAGAUUCUUGGAAAUGCGGCAACUUGUACGAUGAUUACAUAGGAAAUCCUUAUUUUGAAGAUGGAUGCGAGCAUAUACGGAAUAUUCUUAAUGGAACUAAUUACUGUUUCGUAAACACAACAUAUAACCCAGAUGGUUCUGUUUACCAACGGAAAUUCUAUUGUCCCGAAUCUUCUACUGGUUAUGAUCACUCGUAUAAACCAAGGAAAUCACUCUUGGGUGUUAUUUUAGGUAUGUAA